CGAUGCGGCACGGUGCAGAGGCGGGAAACUGAGAGCGGCCAGCGCGUGCACUGAUCGUUAACACUCACUGCGGCGGCGCGCACCGGAACCAUGCACAUUCAAUUAGAAGUUCAUCUACAGAUCCUCCUGGCUGUUGGUCUGGCCGUCUUCUGCUUCGGCCUCGUCCUGGGCUGCAUCAUUUGCUGGCGCCGCAGGAAAUCCCGGUCGUCUGACACAAAAGAGGAUGAGUUUUACAUGCAAUCCGGUCCCACGGAUCACGUGACUUUGACUCUCAGCUCGUCCCCAUCAAUCAAAAUUCUUCCAGUCAAGCAGCAGUAUGAAGAGCUUGACGGUGAUGUAUUAGACUAUCCGUCAGAGGCUAGCAGCUUUACACCGUCUGAUGACAACAAAGGCAGUUUUCCACAGGAUUCAAGUAAGCUGAAAGUCCCUCAGAAGUCUCGAUUUGCCCUGCGCCGCCUGAGCACCCCUUCUGCCCCCUGUUCUCCCUUCAAACCAUCCGUCCAUGGCCGCGCCUCCCUCCCAAGUAUCCGUAAACUUAGCCUUCCAUCCAAAACGCGCCGUGCUCUGGAUCGCCGCUCGACUGUGAUUGGAGACAGCCUUCUGCCAGACCCUGAGCAAAUGCCAUCCAUCCAGCAGGGGGAGCUCUCUCCAUCAAACUACAGCUCCAGCUUGAGUUCCAGGCGCAGCUCCUUGUCGAACAAGCAGACUCCUGCAGUACAGUUCUCCUUGCUGUUCUGUCCAGCAGAUGGCACCCUUACAGUCACAAUCCUCAGUGUGUUCAGGGGCCCAAGGAGGCUCAGUGGUGCUAUGGUGCGUGCCAGCCUGCCCCCACUGUGCCCUGCUGCUCUGCAGGCAGUGCCAUCACGCAGAAACAGCCUGAGCCUAGAGCCUCAGACUCAGACAUUCACUCUGGAGGUCGGAUCUGUCGAAGAGCUCCGGGCCUGCACUCUCAAACUGGCCGUGUUUGGUAAAGAUUUCUCAGGCCUUCGGGAGACGCCGCUGGGUGAGCUAGAGCUCAACUGCAGCGAGAUGGACUGGGAGCCCGAUACCAUCAUCACAUACAGCCGCCAACUCAAUCCUGCAAGGAGGCGAGUUAAAAAGAGUCACAGUAGUCAGGAGUCUUUGGGCACCCUGAGGGCUUUAGUGUGCAUUUCAAAGCCUUUGGGCACACUUUUUGUCCUGCUCCAGUACCAGACCCAGGCCCAUCGGAUCAAAGUGAUGGUGCGCAAAGCUGAGAACCUGGCCAAGCUCACUCGGAUUCCUGGAGCCGCAGAUCACUACGUUGUCAUCAACUUGCGUCACGGUGGGAACGUGAUCAGUACUAAAGAGACGAAGGGAGCGAGCGGACCGAACGCGGUGUGGAACGCACCUUUCCUGUUCGAUUUACCUCCUGGUGACAUCAUCAGACUUCCACUCGUCCUGGAGUUCAUCGUUAUGCAGGGACGGCUGUACACCAAAAGCAGUGUGCUAGGCCGUGCUCUGAUUGGCUCUGAGGGCCCGGAGGCGGGGCAACAGCACUGGAAGGAGAUGUGCAGUCGAGGGCAGGUGGAAACGGCACGCUGGCACACACUAAUAUCAGAUACACCCUAAGGACAUGCUUCCUAAUCGGUGGCGUUUCUCACUCAUCUCCAGCAGCAGCAGCAUUUUAUUUGGACUGGGACAGAAAUAAAGUAUUUAUUUAUUAUCGUGAUUACAGUAUUUAUUAAUGCAAAGUGUUGCAAAUGAUUUUAUUUUUGCUAUGGAGUGCCAGAGUAAAACUGUUUCAUUUGUUUUGUGCAUUGUUUAAGAGUGUUGUCACAAAGCAGCAGGUCUAGAUGUGUACAAAAGAAACCUCCUGUCAGGGAGCGAUUGUGGUUAUUUGAGUAAAUAAAGUUAAGUUUUAUUACAGAUAGCUGACCACAUGAUUUUGAAAGACAGGAAAAGAGUCGACUGCUCAUAAUUGUUUAAAACAGGAAUAGUUACAGUAAAAGGUUAAAAAUAAUCUGAUCAGCCUUAAUGUAAUCAGUGAUAUAAUUUCAGGUUGAUGUCUUGUUGCCACAUACUGUACAUGUCUGCCUGUCUUUUUAAAGGAGAUUAUAAAACCUAGCACAUAAUUGUUCAUAACGUUUCAUAACUUUUAUUUAACAUUUUGAUUUUACCUAAGGUGCAGAUUAAACUUCAGGCAGAUAUCUAGGUACUGCAAAAGUGUUAUUAAAUUCUGUCCAGCGGUCGAUUUAAGACGCGCCCACAGUUAACGCAUAUGCAGUACACUGUCUAAACUUGCGGUUUAUAAUCUGGCACACAACUUUUACUCAACAUUUUGAUUUUAUUCAUGCCGCAGGGUUAAUAUCUAAGGUUUGGCAAAGUUUCAUUUAGUUCUAUCCUGCCAGUUUUGUGUGAUGCUGAAGCAAAAUCUGUCUGGACAGACAUACAUACAGACAGACAGACAGAAUUUUCUGAGACUGGUUUAUGGUCCUUCAAUGUAUGAAAUGUAAUAGUAUCAUUGAAAGAGCGAGUUCUGACCAAUGUACAGACAAAACCUUUUGUUGUUUGUAUAGAUGACAUGUGGCAGAAAAGUAUUUAGUCAGCCACCAAUUGUGUAAUUUCUCCCACUUAAAAAGAUGAGAGAGGCCUAUAAUUUGCAUCAUUGGUAUACCUCAACUAUGAGAGACAAAAUAAGAAGAAAAAAAAUUGAGAAAAUCACAUUGUAUGAUUUCUUAAGAAUUUAUAUGCAAAUUAUGCUGGAAAAUAAGUAUUUGGUCACAUUGAAAUCCUUCAAUGUGAUUUUCUGCAAGUGGAAGAACUUGCACAGUUGGUGGCUGACUAAAUACUUUUUUGCCCCACUGUAUGAGAUAUAGGAUGUUGUGCUGUUUUGUUCUUCUGAACUUAAUAUUACUACAUUGUGUAUUUUGUAGACUGAAUUAAAGGUGGAGUAAGUGAUACUGGAGAAAGUUUUUUGAUAUUUCAACUCAAUGCUCAAACCAAUACAGCACUCUGUCUCUUCAGUACUCGUUCAGAUUCUCCACUGGAUGUGCAUUGCCAAGGCAGCGUCACUAACAACUGGCCCAGCUAACCAAUAUUAAUACACAAAUAUCAUUGUGUACAAACACGCCCCUUGAUGUUGAUUGGCUCGAAUAGUGUUGUGUGGCGCAGUGCACGUUUCCUGUUUACAGAGACAAGAAUUAAUCUAGUUUACACUAGAAUUAAUAAAUUUCCAGUUUUUGCCGAACAUACUAUAUACAAUAAGCUUCCUGAUCAAGUGGAGAACACUGUUGCUAGGCAACGUGGAUUCCAAGCUUGUCCAAGUAUCCCAAAACUGACACCAUGAAAUCAAUGCUCCUUCAGGUUUGGAGUUGAACAAGCAUCAACAAUCCAGGACAUCACAACCAGUUAUCUUCUGA